GAAAUAGUUACUGAAGACAAGAGUAACAUGGCGGAUGCGGAAGUAGUUAUUUUGCCAAAGAAGCAUAAGAAGAAAAAGGACCGAAAGUCACUACCAGAAGAAGAUGUCGCUGAAAUACAACAUGCUGAAGAAUUUCUUAUCAAACCUGAAUCCAAAGUUGCUCAGUUGGACACAUCUCAGUGGCCCCUGUUGCUAAAGAAUUUCGAUAAGCUGAAUGUGAGGACAGCACACUAUACACCUCUUCCUUCAGGUUCAAAUCCUCUGAAGAGAGAGAUUGGGGACUAUAUCAGGACAGGUUUCAUUAAUCUUGACAAACCCUCUAACCCCUCUUCCCAUGAGGUGGUAGCCUGGAUUCGACGAAUACUUAGGGUGGAGAAGACAGGACACAGUGGUACUCUGGAUCCCAAGGUGACUGGAUGUUUAAUUGUGUGCAUAGAACGAGCCACUCGGUUGGUGAAAUCACAACAGAGUGCAGGCAAAGAGUAUGUGGGAAUUGUCUGGCUGCACAAUGCUAUUGAAGGGGGUACCCAGCUUUCUAGGGCCCUAGAAACUCUGACUGGUGCCCUGUUCCAGCGACCCCCACUUAUUGCUGCAGUAAAGAGGCAGCUUCGAGUGAGAACAAUCUACGAGAGCAAAAUGAUUGAAUACGAUCCUGAAAGAAGAUUAGGAAUCUUUUGGGUGAGUUGUGAGGCUGGCACCUACAUUCGGACAUUGUGUGUGCAUCUUGGUUUAUUAUUGAGAGUUGGUGGUCAGAUGCAGGAACUUCGGAGAGUUCGUUCUGGAGUCAUGAGUGAGAAGGACCACAUGGUGACGAUGCAUGACGUGCUUGAUGCCCAGUGGCUAUACGAUAACCACAAGGAUGAGAGUUACCUGCGGCGGGUUGUUUACCCUUUGGCAAAGCUGUUGACAUCUCAUAAAAGGCUGGUUAUGAAAGACAGUGCAGUGAAUGCUAUUUGCUAUGGGGCCAAGAUCAUGCUUCCAGGUGUUCUCCGAUACGAGGAUGGCAUUGAGGUCAAUCAGGAGAUUGUGGUCAUCACCACCAAAGGGGAAGCGAUCUGCAUGGCUAUUGCAUUAAUGACUACGGCAGUGAUCUCUACCUGUGACCAUGGUAUAGUAGCCAAGAUCAAAAGAGUGAUCAUGGAGAGAGAUACUUACCCUCGGAAGUGGGGAUUGGGUCCAAAGGCAAGUCAGAAGAGGCUGAUGAUCAAGCAGGGCCUUCUGGACAAGCCUGGCAAACCUACAGACAGCACACCUGACACCUGGAAGCAGGAGUAUGUUGAUUACAGUGAUUCUACCAAGAGAGAAGUGGUUGCUGAAGCAGUAAAAGCUCCAAUGGUAGUUGCCGAAAUGGUAAAAGUCCCACAGGUAGUUGCUGAAGUAGUAAAAGCCCCAAAGCGGAAGUGAGAAAGUGAGAGUGAAAGCGAUGAGACUCCUCCAGCGGCUCCUCAAUUGAUCAAGAAGGAAAAGAAGAAGAAUAAGAAGGACAAGAAGGCCAAAGCUACCCUAGAGAGUGGGGGCGAGCCUGGAGAGGGGGACAGUGACACCAUCAAAAAGAAGAAGAAGAAGAAGAAAGCAAAAGGGGUAGAAGUGGUUUCUGAGUAGUGAGGGCCAUGUUAAGCAUGUGUCCAACUGGGAGGAGAAAUUAAAGCCUUAUUGA